CGGACGAUGCUUCCAGGCCUAACCUCACUCUGGCCUCAGCUGUCCCCUAGCGUCUUCAGAAUUCCUCCCACCCCGCUCUGAUUUCCAGCUGGGCGCCCCUCCUGCGCCUCGAGAGUAAGGGGAGAGAUAAGCACCAAACUAGGCGGGGUCCCCAGGAACACGCGGCCUCCAUGCGGAGGUGGUGGCCGGACGAGCGCGGCAUCCUCUCCGCAAUGCAACUCGAUCUUUUUCCUGGAUUCCCACAUUCACCGUCACACCGGGUCAUCGAACCGCAAAGAGGUGUCCUCUGGUCCUCUCUGCCUGUGAGGAGCCCGAGGACUUGGCAGGACAACACGCACGGUUCUCUCAGGAUAAGACGGUGAGGAACUCGACUCAGGUCCAGUGCAGUCCUGAUAGUCGCUGCCAGAAGCCAUCCAGUGAGUCUCCCUCUCCAGAGCAGCGCAAAGUUCCAACAGUAUGGACAAGGCCCGGGCUUUCGAAGACCUUGAGGUGGGGCGCUUCCCAACGUCUUCCAUACUCCUUCCUUAGGACAAGAGAGGAUGUCCACUAUCUUCUGAGCAUCACAAGGUGUUAGGGCAGGGGCACGGCGAUGGGGACCCGCAAGGCCAAGGAAACCUGUAGAACAGCCUUAGAUUUGAGCUCCAAAGAUCCUCAGGGGAGGCUCGGUAACCCCCCACCCCCCAGGUAUUUGGGGCGAGGUGAGCUGCCCUCGAAGGGCCCUCCCAACUCCGCCUUUGAAAUGCAGGAACCCGGGAAGCUGGGGAUGAAAGGCUCCCGCGCGGCUGCGCCUUUGUCUAGGGACAAUGGAGAUUUGGGGGGCGGGGGGGUGUCCGACCAGGGCAGGGUGCACGGGUUAAUCCACAUGACAGGGCGGUUUUCUGCUGCACCCCGAACCUAUGAAGCUCUCCAGAGCCCUAGGCUGUUUAGCUUUGGGGUUUGAAAGAUCCAUACUGCCCUUACUCUGGUGCGUGGCAAGGAGUUGGCAGUAUUGGCCUUGCCGUCGGGUCACAUCCCACCUGGAAUCCGUCUCUGUCAGUGGGAGAACCGUCCAACACUGAUCAGACUUCUGCCGCCGCCGUGUGUCGCUUCCCCGAUACCCGGUCUGUGCUAUGCCUUGGCCGGAGGUGGCGCUCUGCGCUCCCUUGGAUACCAAGGCAGAACCCAGGAGUUCCUCACCCGCGGUUUCUUUUCUGUCUUUUCUUCUACCCCCUUAGCUCCCCGUUCAGGGUGCGGCUGGGCCUUCCUCAGCCAGGGGCUAAGGACCUGGAGGGUGCAGGGUGUCAAGGUGGCGAUGAGGCAGGCGGCAACCUACUCUCCGACCCGGGCCUCGUUCCCACCUCCAUAUAAGAGUGCAAGUUCCUCAAUCAGGUGUCCCAAGCUUUGGCUUUGGGGCGCGGGCGCGUGGCAGCCGUCAGGUGAGUGCCCUAGACGCGCCCCUAAACCCGCCCCGCCUCUCAGCAAAGACUCACUCCCCCUCCUUUUAUGGAGUGGGGAAGGCUAGAGCACUGGAUCCUUACAGUGGGAAGCGGCCCGAGCGCCGGGCGGGGGCCAAGCCGACUCUCAUGCCCUUUUUGGCGCAGCAGCUCUGGGCGCUGCCCUUUACUGCCGCUGGGGCCCGAGAGAGAGGCGAGCCGGAGACGGCCGUGCUUCUGCAGAGGCCUCCUCCCCUCCCCGCCCGGUGCCGCAGGAUUGCAGCUGGCACUGAAGGGUGGGCAAGCUCGAGGGAGGGGCGCUCCGGGAGCCCCGGCGCCUGUGGGCUCCGAGCCGCGGGCGCCGAGCUUGGAUGGAUUUAGCUGCCUGCGUGAGCGCGUGUGUGGCCACUGCAGUGGCGGUGGCGGCCGGGCCCGAUCUGGCCCGCGAGACCCCUGCGCGCUUCCGAGGAGCCCGGCUGGAGCGCCCGCCCCGCGGCCUCGCCUCCCUGCCGAGCUUCCAGCGCCUCGGGACGCGAUGAGGACCUGGGCUUGCCUGCUGCUCCUCGGCUGCGGAUACCUCGCCCAUGCCCUGGUCGAGGAAGCCGAGAUACCCAGAGAGUUGAUCGAGCGACUGGCUCGAAGUCAGAUCCACAGCAUCCGGGACCUCCAGCGACUCUUGGAGAUAGACUCCGUAGGGGCUGAGGAUGCCUUGGAGACAAGCCUGAGAACCCAUGGGUCCCGCGCCAUUAAGCAUGUGCCGGAGAAGCGGCCUGUGCCCAUUCGCAGGAAGAGAAGUAUUGAGGAAGCCAUUCCCGCAGUUUGCAAGACCAGGACGGUCAUUUACGAGAUACCUCGGAGUCAGGUGGACCCCACAUCGGCCAACUUCCUGAUCUGGCCCCCGUGUGUGGAGGUGAAGCGUUGUACUGGCUGCUGCAACACCAGCAGCGUCAAGUGCCAGCCCUCAAGGGUUCACCACCGCAGUGUCAAGGUGGCCAAAGUGGAGUAUGUCAGGAAGAAGCCAAAAUUGAAAGAGGUCCAGGUGAGGUUGGAGGAACACCUGGAGUGUGCCUGCGCGACCUCCAACCUGAACCCAGACCAUCGGGAGGAGGAGACAGGAAGGCGUAGGGAGUCAGGUAAAAAGCGGAAAAGAAAAAGGUUAAAACCCACCUAAGGCAGCCGACCAGAUGUGAGGUGAGAUGAGCCGACCGCCCUCUCCCGGGACACGGAUGUACGUGGCGUGUGACAUUCCUGACAUACUAUGUAUGGUGCUUCAUUGCCAAUGUGCGUGCGGUCUUUGUUCUCCUCCGUGAAAAACUGUGUCCGAGGACAAAGAGACAGUGUCCAUUUGUUCAGUGUGACAUCAAAGCAAGUACUGUAGCACUCGGAGAGACAGUGAGAAAGCUUCCUUGUCACAGAGAGCAAAAACAAAACCACAAAAAAAAAAAAAAAAAACAAAAAAA